AUGGCUGAUAACGCCGAGGCAUGGACAUUAUUGUCCCUGGGUCUAGUUAUAAUUUUAGUGCGUAUCGGUGUACGAUGGAAGCUCGUUGGACCGGCCAAUUUCCAACUGGACGAUUAUCUUAUGCCAUUGGCAGGAGUCUUCUUUGUUCUCGAAACAGUAGCGGCGUAUCUCGUCGGUGCCAAAUUCGAGGGCCUGACUAACAGCUACAUGACACCUGAGCAGCGGGCAAAGCUCGACCCCAAUUCGACUGAGUGGUCCCAUCGUGUUGCUGGAUCCAAAAUCCAGAUCAUUGGAUGGUCAUUAUACGUUGCUAUUCUCUGGCUAGUCAAAUUUAGCUUGGCAGUUUUCUACUCUCGAUUGACGACUGGUCUCCACCAUCUCCCCACGCGAGUUCGGAUGGGAUAUAUUAUUUUAGGUGUGACAUACAUCGCAACAGCAUUGUCCCUCCUACUGUCAUGCCAGCCAUUCCAUGCGUUUUGGCAGAUUUAUCCUGACCCCGGUAAUCUCUGUCAGCCAACCCACUCACGCGUUUACGUUUUCGUUGUCGUGGUACUCAACAUUCUCACCGACAUCUACCUUCUCUCAAUCCCGCUCCCCCUUCUCUGGACUGUUAACCUCAACCUGAAACGAAAGAUCCCUCUUAUGGUUCUCUUCUCCGGUGCCACAUUUGUCAUGAUAGCGGGUGUUAUUCGGGCUGCUACGAUUAUGAGGAACACCCCCGAUGGAGCUGUAUCUGGCUCUAAAUGGGCCUGUCGUGAGACUUUUGUCUCAAUUGUGGUCUCCAACCUACCCAUCAUCCAACCACUUAUCCGCAGGGGCUUCAAGAAGAUCGGUCUCUCCCAACUCUUCAGUUCCUCGGGGAAGACAUCAGGACACCCAUAUCAGCUCUCCAGUCGAGGUUUAAAGACCUUGACAAACCGCGGCGAAGGCGAUACCAAGAAGAGUAAGACGAACGCUGCUGCGCCAACUCAUAUGCAAACUUCAGCAUGGGGCAGUGAUGAGCAUAUUCUCGCUCAGUCAGAGCCUUCUUCGAAGGAUAUUACUGUGGUCUCGGAGACUGUCGUGCGCAGUGAGCCAUGGAUCCUCGAGGAGGGGUCCGGCGCGGGCGGCUCGACGACACCCCCGAAGGAAUGGGGGAGUCAGUUGUCGCAUCGAUGA